CUUGUGGUAUUCCGUAUCGGCGGACAUGCUUCUGAUCUAGGUUGUGAUCUCGCGGCACUCGAGAAUGUCCUCGGUUUCUGCCGCUGGACGGCCUUUUCUGAUCUGCUUGGUCACUGUAGUAAAUGUCUCCGGACCCGACAUAUCACUCUUCACUUCAUUCGACUUGUUCGUCUCCUCACUGUGGCUGAAUUUCGCCGUCAGCUCUCCUACUCGUCACUCAUUAAGACUCCGCGUCGCUUCUCUGUUUCCAUCCAGCGGAUGCUUUAAUCGACGAUGCGGUAUUUUAUUGGUCUAUGUUGAACCAGUAAUAUUCUUCCAACUUACGUUAUCUGCUCCUCUGAUAGGUACAAUUCAAUGCUAUUGAAAAUGGGGUCUCCCUUGCUACGGUUCAUCCACUACAUAGCACUCCAGCUUCCCCAGUUCAGAUCGACAUGAACACUUCUUGUGCCUUACACGUCCUCUGAAAUCU